UACCUUGAUCUCGUCGCCGUUUGCCGAUUCCUCGAUACCUAGCAACUCAUAGUAGUCGGGGACUGCAUCUUCGGAUUCAGUGUUACGGCCGGUGGAUUCGCGUGCACCCAUGAACGUAUGAGACUGCUGAUAGAGCCAAUGCUCUUUGAGUCUCCGGCCUGAGAUCUCGUGCCGUUGGAGUGUCCAAUUGCUCCCGAAGUCACACAAACAUUUAUAUCGUUUUAAGGAACUUUCCAAGUCAUACCACUAGUUCCUCGUUAUUUGCAACAUGUCUGACUUCUUCAAAUCAUCGUCGUCGUCUAGUUCUCCGUCAGACAUGGCUGCAAAAAAAGAAGCCGUGAUGAACAGUGUGCGUUCCGAGAUUGCCCUUGCCAGCGCGCAGGAGCUUAUAAACAAAACGAACGAAAAAUGCUUCGCUAAGUGCAUAGCGAAGCCCGGGACCUCAUUGUCUAGCUCAGAGGAGACAUGUUUGUCUCGAUGUCUCGAACGUUACCUGGAAACAUUUAACAUAAUUAGCAAAACUUACAAUUCCCGCUUAAGCAGAGAACGGGAGCAGCGACAACUUAAUCAGAUAUAGUUGGCAUAUUGUACUAUACCACCCCAUUUCAUUAAUCGUGCUUUCAUGUUAAUUGUUCCUCGGUCUCACCUGCGCGUUAUCAAAGCGGUUCCAUUCUCGACCCUAAAACCACGUGGCCGGCAAGGAGGAUUUAUUACCAUCUACUGUGCAAGCUAUGGUGUGCGAAAGGGCGUCUUUCUGUUUACAAGUAAGGUAUUAAAAUGACAUAUACCAGCGUUCAGUGAGGGAAGAUAA